AUGGCAGCGAAAGAUUUGAUACUGGAGACGUUAGAUGCACAAGAGAGCAUUGUGUCCGCAUACGACUUUGCUCAGGAAAAGAAAUUGGCGUAUGACAAUACCUUUAUUGGAGCCAUCAAAUCAUUAGACGCGGCGAACAUAGUCAAGUCCGAAAUGAAAAAAGUUUCAAAGCAAAUUGUCACCAAAAAUGCGGAAGACGUUUUGUCGAAUGGAAGUGAGGAAUUUAGACUUUUCCAAGCAAUCUCAAAAGACGGCUCCGCAAAGGCCGACCUUGAAAAAUUGGCAUAUUACAGAACAGGGUUUGCGGAAGGCAUGAAACUUAAAAUCAUCAAAUUAGACGGACAAAAGGUAGUUCGCCUUGUUGAGACUUUUGAGGACACAACACAACAGUCACUUAAAGAAGUCUUGGCUGGCAGACAAGCCACCAAAAACGAAGAAGUCAUAUUCAAGCGAAGAAAGUUUUUGAAACAAGAGACAAUGACUGAUUAUGUCUUAACUCGUGGUGAAAUGUUCAAUAAGAGAUCAAAGCCAGUGACCAAUUUGACGACGGAAAUGCUUCAAAAUGGGUCGUGGAAAGAUGCGAAUUGGAAGGAAUAUAACACUGAAGCCAAUGGUAUAUACCCGAAGGGGGGGUCGAGACACCAACUCUCGAAAGUCAGAGAAAACUUCAAGAACAUCUUCUUAGAGAUGGGCUUUGAGGAAAUGCCAACUGACAUGUAUGUCGAGAGCAGUUUCUGGAAUUUCGACUCAUUGUACCAACCACAACAACAUCCAGCAAGAGACGCACAAGACACUUUCUUCUUAGAAGCGCCUGCUAAGACGAGUGCUGCUGAUAUGGAGCCAGACUAUGUUGCUAAAGUGAAAAAAGUACAUUCUGUGGGGGACUAUGGAUCCAUUGGAUGGAGAUCAGACUGGAAAGAGGAAGAAGCUGAGAAGUGUAUUUUGCGAACGCACACGACUGCAGUGAGUUCGCGUGUUUUAGCAAAAUUGGCCAAAAAAGCAAAGGAAGACGGCGAGUUCAAACCAAUCAAGUGUUUCUCCAUUGACCGAGUCUUCCGUAAUGAAACCGUCGACCAAACGCACUUGGCGGAGUUCCAUCAAAUCGAAGGAUUUAUAGCAGAUAAAAACAUUGGACUUGCUCAAUUGAUUGCGGUGAUCAAAGAGUUCUUCACUAAGAUGGGUCUUCCCGACGUCAAAUUCAAACCGGCAUACAACCCAUACACCGAGCCCUCUAUGGAGAUUUUCGCGUACCACGCGGGUCUCAAAAAGUAUGUUGAAGUUGGCAAUUCUGGUGUCUUCAGACCAGAGAUGCUCAGAACAAUGGGUGUUCCUGAGGACAUUUCAGUCAUCGCUUGGGGAUUUGGUCUUGAGCGACCCACCAUGAUUUCUUAUGGUAUUAAAUCAAUCCGAUCUAUUUUCGGCCCAAGAACAGACUUGGAGUUCAUUAAGAACAGUGAAAUCUGCACGUAUGGCAUUUAA